AUGGAAAGUUACGAUAAUCUCAUUAAAUAUAAUGAUGAUGAUUCAUCUGUCAGUGUUCCAUUUGGUCGUGCUGCGGAAUGGUAUAUAUCAAAGCAUCCCUUACUAAAAAAUAUUAGGUUAAAAGCUCGUAGUCGACUUAGAACUCCUCAACUUUUGAAAGAAGGAAUUAUUUCAAUCAAAAGAGUUGAAGGUGCUGUUGACUUUGUAGAAUGGACUACUUCUAGUGGAAACGUAAAAUCCACUAAUCGUAUUGAUGAUAUAAUUGAACUUACUCCAAAAGGAAUUGAAUUAGUAGAAAAAAUCAAUUCAGGAAAAUGCAAAGAUAAAUUAUGUUGGUCUUGGGUUAUGUAUUGUGCUGGGGAUGGAAAUACUUGUCAACAUUUAUGUGGUGGUAUUGGAAAAUGUAAUCCUGAGUGUCCCAAUGCAAAUAUGCCCAACAACUUAAAAAAUAGUAAUGACCGACAUCGUUGUCGACUUCGUGUAGUCUCGGAAUCUCGAUUAUCCUGGAUUAAUACUACGUAUCAAUUAAGAAUAAAAAUUGAUGGUUGGCAUAUUCCACCAAAUGCACUUGUUACCCAUACCCCUCAAGUCACACGUGUCAAUCUUACACGAUCUGCACGUGAUAAAAUUAUCAUUAGUCGUCGGGCUGACCGUUGGACUGCCGAUGAUGUAAAGGCAAAGAUAUUGGUUUCAAAACAAGGAGCUACGGAAGCAGAUCUUAAUCAAGAGAUAGUAAAAAAUCGGGACAUUUGUAAUGCUAAACAACUUAAACGUCUCAUAGUAAGAGAUGAUCGUCGAGUUCGAGAUAAUGCAGGUCCAUGGACAGUUCUUCAACAUUAUAUUCAAGAUAUAUUAAAACCACGAGGACAUGUAUUAUAUUACCAAAAUCCUGAUUUAUCUGCAGAUGAAAAUUCACCUGAUAGAUAUUAUCAACUUAUUGUAUCAGAUGAUUUAUGGUUGAUAAAUGGUCGAGAUUUUGGGGAACAUUAUUUCUGUAUUGAUGGAAAUAAUGAAUUAAACAUGGAUCGUGCGACAGUAUUAACAAUUGUAGUUGAGACACCAACUGGACAUCCUACACCAUUAGCCAACGGGGAUGAUAAGAUACCAGUAAAAAUAGCGAUUUCAACAAUCAAAGCAAAUAUUCCAUGUAAUCGACUGGGUUGUACUCAUCCUUGGCGUUAUGAAGAUUUACCAAAUGAUAAAGGAUUUCAAAAAGUUAGGGAUUGUUCAUCUUUAAAUCCAUGGAAUCCUAUAGCAAUGGUUGAUCAACAUAUUCCAAUAAUUCAAGAAGUUAAUAAUGUUGUACGAGGUACAGUCCUUUCAUGGACAUAUAUAAUGUUGAAAUUAGCGGAAAAAUUAAAAUUGUGGGAUAUUCCAAAGUCAUUAAGAAUUGAAAAACCAAUGAUGACAAACAGUUUAACAGAGAUAAUUGUUCGUAAAAUAGAGGAUAAACUUGAAGGAAAAAUGACACCUUUGGCUUUCCUUGAAAGACUUUUUGGUGUGAAAUUACAUAGAGAUAGUUUACAUGCGGAUAGUUCAAUCGAUAAUAAUAGUUUUGAUCAAUCGUUAUUAGAAGAUUUUAAUACUCAAUCUUUAUUACAGCAAGAACAAUCUGAACAAUCUCUGCCAAAUGAUGUUCUCCGUCGAUUGAACAUUGGUCGUUUUUAUUUCCUUUCUUGUCCUAUUGAACCCGCGGAGAAAUCUCACUGUUAUUAUGUGAAGAAUCUUGUAGAAACUUCAUUAACAUUUACAUCAUCAUAUGAUGGAAAGCGGAUUCAAUUAGAUAAUAAUUCUAUGAAUUGUUUGAAACCCAUGAUUAACAGAUAUAUUGAACGUCAUGGAAUAAAUAUUCAAGAUGGCGUUUAUCUUGUUAAUAUCAAGACUGGUGAGUGCUUCAUGUGCUUCGAUUAUAUUUGGAAUGGAAAUUUCCGUGAUGUUUGUAAACAUGUUUAUGCUGCUCGUAUAUAUGCGGAGGGACAAAAAUAUGGUGAUUUUACUCCAAUCAUCGCUGAAACAAAACAAAAGUUGAUCAAUUAUUUUAGAAAUAAAGAUGAUUUUUCGUCAUCAUUACCAUCAUUAUUAUCAACUCAAGGAAAUAUUAAAGAGAUCUACAGUGAAAUUGUACGAUUAUAUCAAAUAAAUGGAGAUAAAAUGUUUGAUGCAUUCAAACAAGAUGAUUUAUGUAGGGAUCCAUUUCGUAAUUUUAAAUCAAGAAGGAGAAGCUCUGUAAAACCUGGUGGUCCUACUAGACCUUACAAGAGGCAAAAAACAAAUGAUACAAAUAAAAGUACAAACUUUACAAUAAUAGAGAAUUCACAAUCUAGCUUACAGAGUUUGCAGAUAAAUGAUAUGCAAAAUAAUGAGAGAGCAUUAAUUUCAGAAUUAGGAAAUUCAAAUGAUUCUAUAACCAGAGUGUCUUCAUCACACAAUACUGAAAUCAGUCAAAUAACAACUUUUCUCGAGUCACCCGUAGUGUCAUCUGUUAUGUCACCUGCCGCACUUGAGGCUAUUACAGAUUUAAGUGUACAAAGUGUAGAAAGGAUGAUAAUAGAACACGAUAGUUAA